AACUGCUUCGUGUGUGAGAAGAUGGCCGUUGAGACAGAGGAUCCCAACCAGACUGUGGUGAGCCACUUCUUUCUGGAGGGUCUGAUGUACACAGCUGAACAUCCUAGCCUCUUCUUCCUCUUAUUCCUCCUCAUCUACAGCAUCACCUUGACCGGGAAUCUCCUCAUUCUCAUAACUGUGGGCUCUGACCCUCACCUCCGCUCCCCUAUGUACCACUUCCUGGGGCACCUCUCCUUCCUGGAUGCCUGUUUGUCCACAGUGACGGUGCCCAAGGUCAUGGCAGGCCUCCUGACUGCGGAUGGGAAGGUGAUUUCCUUUGAGGGCUGCGCUGUACAACUUUACUGCUUCCACUUCCUGGCCAGCACUGAGUGCUUCCUAUACACAGUCAUGGCCUAUGACCGCUACCUAGCUAUCUGUCAGCCGCUACACUACCCAGUGGCCAUGAACAGAUGCAUGUGUGCGGGGCUGGCUGGACUCACCUGGACCAUAGGUGCUGUGCACUCUGCCAUCCACACCUCCCUCACCUUCCGCCUGCUCUACUGUGGUCCACACCACAUUGCCUACUUCUUCUGCGACAUCCCCCCGGUGCUGAAGCUGGCCUGCGAAGACACCACCAUUAAUGAGCUCAUCAUGCUGGCCAACAUUGGCAUCGUGGCUGCAGGCUGCCUGAUUCUCAUCGUCAUAUCCUACGUCUUCAUCGUCGCGGCGGUGCUGCGCAUCCGCACUGCCCAGGGCCGGCGACGCGCCUUCUCCACCUGCUCAUCCCACCUCACAGUGGUGCUCCUGUACUACGUGCCACCUGUCUGCAUCUACCUGCAGCCUCGCUCAGGGGGGGCAGGAGCUGGGGCCCCCGCUGUCUUCUACACAAUCAUCACUCCCAUGUUCAACCCUUUCAUCUACACUCUGCGGAACAAGGAGGUCAAGAGGGCUCUCCAGAGGCUUCUGGGCCGAGGCUCGCGAGAAUCUCCAGCAGGCAGCCCACCUCCCUGACCUGUGCUGGGAUUCUUCAUUUGCCUGCCAAGAAAACAGUUAUUCCCAGAGCAAAACGGGGAGGGGAAAUCAUUCAGGUGGGAAUCGGUGCAACUGAGUUUCAGCCCAGCCACGAACUUUUCCCCCUCCCUUUGGCCAAGUGACAUUUCUCAG